GAGACAGCAGUACGUGGGGAAGCUCAAGUUCGCCUCCUUGGAGGCGUCACAGGGUUCGAAAAAGCUCAUCGUGGCCACUGAGAAGAACGUCGUGGCUGCCUUGAACUCCAGGAGUGGGGAAAUCUUGUGGCGCCAUGUAGACAAGGGGACCCCCGAAGGAGCAAUAGAUGCCAUGCUGAUCCACGGGCAGGAUGCCAUCACAGUGUCCAAUGCUGGACGUAUUCUGCGUUCCUGGGAGACCAACAUCGGGGGGUUGAACUGGGAGACAUCACUUGACACUGGCAGGGGGGGUGCUUUUUUCCAGAUGGCUAGUUUGGUGGGGCUACAGGACGUGGUGAAAUAUGUGGCAGUCCUGAAGAAGGCAGCCAUCUCUCUUCACUACCUUUCCAACGGGCACCAGAAAUGGGUGGAACACCUACCAGAAAGUGAGAGUACUGAGUACCAGUUGUUGUAUUCCCAUGGGACUGGAGUGAUCCACGUGCUUGGAAUCGUUCCCCAGAGCCACUUGAACGUUUUAACGUUCAGCGUAGAAGAUGGAGAAAUUACAAAACAGAUGAGAGUAGCAGCCCCGUGGCUGAAGAGCUUAAUCGGCGUGUGCAGCAUGGUGGGGGAGGCAGUGCUGGUGUGCAUGGACAUGGACACGCAUUCGCUCUACGUGUGCUCCUUAGAGACGGAGCAGGAGAUGAAGCAGAUCCCGCUGCAGUCACUUGACCUGGAGUUUGCUGAUGGCUUCCAGCCCAGGAUCUUGGCCACCCAGCCCAACGUAAUCAGUGCUUCACGGACCCAGUUUUUCCUGCAGCUGUCUCCAAGCCACUUCUCUUUGCUGCAGUACAAACAUGGGCUGCUCAGCCACCUUCGGGACUUCCAGCAGGCAGCUCUGGUGAGUUUUGCAACAACUGGGGAGAAGACUGUGGCUGCUGUCCUGACCUGCAGGAGUGAACUGAAGUCUGGAAGUUCUGAUGGCCUUCACGCUGGAAGUACUCUGGAGAAUUCCCGGACACAGGACUCCUUAACCUGUUCCAAUCAGACCUACAAUAUUAACCUCUACCUGGUUGAAACUGGACAAAGAUUGUUGGAUACCACAAUUACCUUUAACCUGGAGCAGAGUGGUGCCAAGCCGCAGCAGCUAUACAUCCAAGUUUUCCUGAAGAAGGAUGACUCUGUGGGCUAUCGAGCCUUGGUGCAAACAGAAGAUCACAUGCUGAUGUUUCUCCAGCAGCCAGGAAAAGUUGUAUGGAGUCGAGAGGAGUCACUAGCAGAAGUGGUAAGCUUGGAGAUGGUGGAUCUACCUCUGACAGGCGCACAGGCUGAGUUGGAGGGAGAAUUUGGAAAGAAAGCAGAUGGUUUGCUGGGGAUGUUUCUGAAGCGUCUGUCCUCCCAGCUUAUCCUGCUGCAAGCCUGGACCGCUCAUCUCUGGAAGAUGUUCUAUGACGCCAGGAAACCCCGGAGCCAGAUUAAAAAUGAGAUUAACAUUGACAAUUUGGCCAGAGAUGAAUUCAACCUCCAGAAAAUGAUGGUGAUGGUUACUGCUUCGGGAAAGCUUUUUGGUAUUGAAAGCAGCUCUGGCACCAUCCUGUGGAAGCAGUAUCUCAGGAACGUGAGACCAGGCUGCUCCUUCAAGCUGAUGGUCCAAAGAACAACAGCCCAUUUCCCGCACCCUCCACAAUGUACCUUGCUUGUUAAGGACAAGGAAACCAAGAUGAGUUUUCUGUAUGUCUUUAACCCCAUCUUUGGGAAGAGAAGUCAAGUAGCUCCCCCUGUUUUGAAGCGUCCAGUUCUUCAGACUUUGCUUCUGCCUAUUAUGGAUCAAGACUACGCCAAAGUACUGCUCUUGAUCGAUGAUGAGUACAAGGUUACAGCUUUCCCAGCAACCAAAAAUGUUCUUCGGCAGUUAGAAGAAAUAGCCCAUUCUAUCUUCUUUUAUCUAGUGGAUGCUGAGCAGGGAAAACUCUCCGGAUUCAGGCUGAAAAAGGACCUGACCACAGAGGAGAUCUGGGAGGUGAUCAUACCCACCGAGGUACAGAGGAUAGUGACUGUGAAAGGGAAGAGGUCCAAUGAGCACGUGCACUCCCAGGGCCGUGUGAUGGGAGACCGCAGUGUUCUCUAUAAGUCCUUGAAUCCAAACCUGCUUGCUGUGGUGACAGAGAGCACGGAUACGCAUCACGAGCGCACGUUCAUUGGAAUAUAUCUGAUUGAUGGCGUCACAGGCAGGAUCAUCCACUCGUUGGUACAGAAGAAAGCGAAGGGACCAGUCCACAUUGUCCAUUCAGAGAACUGGGUGGUGUACCAGUACUGGAACACGAAGGCACGUCGGAAUGAGUUCACUGUGCUGGAGCUCUACGAGGGGACAGAGCAAUACAAUGCCACAGCCUUCAGCUCACUUGACCGCCCAAUUUUACCUCAGGUCCUCCAGCAGUCUUACAUCUUCCCGUCUGCCAUCAGUGCCAUGGAGGCCACCAUCACCGAGCGAGGCAUCACCAGCCGUCACUUGCUCAUUGGGCUUCCCUCUGGGGCCAUCCUCUCCCUUCCAAAGGCUCUGCUGGAUCCUCGCCGCCCAGAGAUCCCUACGGAGCCUUUCAGAGAAGAGAACCUGAUUCCAUACUCCCCUGAUGUGCAGAUCCACGCCGAGAGGUUUAUCAACUACAAUCAAACCAUAUCCCGAAUGACAGGGAUUUAUACAGCCCCCUCCGGCCUGGAGUCGACUUGUCUGGUUGUUGCAUACGGCUUGGACAUCUACCAGACCCGAGUGUACCCGUCGAAGCAGUUUGAUGUCCUGAAAGACGACUACGACUACGUGCUCAUAAGCAGCGUCCUCUUUGGGCUGGUUUUUGCUACUAUGAUCACCAAGAGACUUGCUCAGGUGAAGCGGCUGAACCGGGCCUGGCGGUAA